AUGUAUCUUCCCUCAAAGCCAAACAAAUAUGGCAUUAAAAUAAUGAUGCUGUGUGAUGUGAAAACAAAAUAUCUGAUCAAUGGAAUUCCAUACUUGGGGAAGGACUCCAACCCAUCUGGUCUGCCCUUAGGAGCUUAUUAUACAAAAGAACUCACCAAAACAAUUCAUGGUACAAAUAGGAAUGUAACCAUGGAUAAUUGGUUUACAUCCAUCCCACUAGCAAAGGAUAUGUUGAGCAGUCAUCAGCUGACAAUAGUUGGAACUCUACGUAGUAACAAAAAGAAGAUCCCUCCUGAAAUGAGCAAUGAGAAGUCAAGGAAGAUAGGUUCUGUAAUGUUCGCUUACGAUAACGAACUGGUUUUAGUAUCAUACAAGGCAAAGAAGUCUCAAAUGGUGUUUCUACUCUCCACUACUCACGAAAAUGGUACUGUAUCUGAAACAACAGGAAAACCAGAUAUAGUUGAAUUUUAUAAUCCAACAAAGGGCGCAGUUGACACGUUUGAUGAGAUGUCAAGUAACAUGUCAUGCAGCCGCAAGACACAGCGAUGGCCACUGUGCAUUUUUUAUGGAAUGGUCAACAGCACUUUAGUCAAUGCCUAUGUGAUAUAUGUUCAUAAUACAGUAAAGGAAAAGAAGAAGCCAAUCAACCGGAGAGAGUUUGCUAAGCAAGUAUGUGAGGAGCUAACAAAACCGCACCUGCAGAACCGAAUUGAAGUACCGACCCUGCGAAAGAAUCUGAAAACAAAUAUUGGAGAGAUACUUGGAACAGAAGCUGGACAAAGUGACCCUGAACUUCACGGACAAGCUGAGAGAAAGAUAUGUGCAUUUUGUCCAUCUAAAAUAAGAAGAAUGACAAGGUUCUCCUGCUUCAAAUGCAAAAAGUUUCACUGUCUACAACAUCAAUCAAAAAUGUGUACAAAUUGUUCAUCAUUGGACUAA